AUGGCUCCUCUAGUCAUUAACGAGCCUCCUCAAGCAGUUCUGCACACGUUGGUCAAUGCAGACGGGUCAGCAACAUACAGCGCCCCAGGCGAGGGCUACAAAAUUAUCGCCGGCGUCAAUUACCCGGUUGAAGUACCAUACCGAUCUGAUGAAAUUCCAGAGUCAACCUUGGUUGAAGUCAAUCUCAGACCACACAAUGGUGUCGGGAUGGUCAAAGAACGACAUGUCGAAGAGCUCAUCAAACGGACGCUCCAAGCAAUUGUACUUGUCCAGGAGACUCCACGGACCAUGCUGCAGGUCACCCUUCAAGUCCUGUCUGUCGAAGGUGACGAGAGCCUACCUGGUGGAGUCAGAGGGGCAGGGCAAGGUGAGACUUAUCUCGACUUGCUUGCUUCGGCACUGAAUGCUGCCAUCCUUGGGUGUCUAGACGCAGCUGUGCAGAUGGAAACAUUGGUGGCUGCCACUCUCAUUGGCAUCAACCGGGACAGUGAACAAAUGAUCAUCAACCCAGGAGUCUUGCAGCGCAAGAAAUGCGCUAGCUUGCAUGCGUUUGCCUAUAAGAAAGACGGCACGAUGCUGUUGAUGGAGAGUGAAGGCAAGUUCAGCAUUGAAGGUUGGCAACAAGCAGCACACACUGCUCGCUUAGCAGUACUCGGUCACUCCUUUGUCGCCAAUUCCAUCGCCAACACCAGUGAGAGACAAGCCAACAAACAGUCGAACGGCGAUGUUACCAUGAAUGGAACAGACGGUGCAACUGGGAACAACUCGGUUAUCUGUGUGCUGGAUGUGAUCAGGAACGCUCUGGAAGCUCGAGUGAUUAAGGAUGAAAGCUGGCGACAGGAUCGAUGA